AUGACCUUAACAGACAUUGUAGAUUUAUCUAGCAAUGAUGAACUUGGAGAGGUUGAUGUGAAACCUGUUAAGUUGGAGCCAGGUCUCGUUGCAAGAAAAUUGCAACAGAAUGAGAACAAUAAGGCUCUACUUGCGAAGCAUCAAAAGUCAAAGACCCCAUGUGCAAUACGAGAACCUGAAGAAAAUAGGAGCUCAAAUGCUCUAAGUACUGGUCACAGUAGCUCUAGUAUAUUAGACCAAGGGCAGUCACCAGUGGAUGAUACUGGCCUUUCUUAUACAUCGCCUUUAUCUCCAGCACCACUUUGUCGGCAAUUUUGGAAAGCUGGGAACUACAAUGAUGGCAUUGGUUCUAAAGUCACAAUUCAAAGUAUUCUACUAUCUACUGUUAUAUUUUGUACUUGA